AUGGCGUCCUCAAACUCGAAUCAUGCCCUGAGCAAAUACGUGACCCUCAUCUCAAGCGAUGGCUUCGAAUUCGUGGUUCUGCGGGAGGCGGCUUGCAUCAGUGGUGCCAUCAAGAAGAUGUUGGACCCCAAGAGUAGCUUCAAGGAAUCCACUGAUGGAAGAUGUUUCUUUGAGGAAAUCAAGUAUGCCCGGCAACCUUUCUUUUCGUCCUUCCCCAACUCAUCCACACCCUUUGCGAACCAACACCAAAACAUACGCAUAUUUAGGGAAGAUGAAGGAGCUAUACCAGGGAAAAUUUCGCAGCCUUGGUCUAUGAUUAUACCAUAAGAGUCCUUACAGACCCUCUUGCUUCCUAGGGAGCAAAGUACGGACGCUGAAUGAUGUUCUCAAUACACUUGAUAUGAGACUAUGCCUCCAAGCCCUUUGGCAUUGUCCUCGAAAAGGUAGCCGAGUACUUCUACUACAACUACAAGAACAGGAAUCGAGAGGAUGUACCUGACAUGGACAUUCCACCUGAGUUGUGUUUGGAAUUGUUAAUGGCGGCGGAUUUCCUUGAUACAUGAGAAUCUGGGUCGAUAUUAUACUUAUGCAUGCCACGGCGUUGGACGGAUACAAUUGUUUUGGAAGGGUAGGCAUAACUGGAGUUUGGAGAAUCUGGACGAAUACAACGAACGUUUUCUUUUCGUAGUAAUCCCGCGACGUGAAUUUCUUUUGGUCUACACAUACAAACCCCAUUUGAGCAUAUGCGUUCUUCCCUUUACACUAUGGGUUGAAAUGUCUAUAGAUGAUGGCAGAGCAAACACCCCUCAUGGUUUAGCCACUUUCUGUAAAACCCAACAGAUUGUUGCUUUGUCACGAGGAGACAUUAGAAUUCUACUUGCCCUUGGGUUAUCUAAAGUCCGUAUGAUCGGUUUAUAUAUAUUCUUAUCUUAUCGUUGUCCUUUUCAUCGUGCUUCCGUGUCUGUUUCCCCAGUCUCAGCCGAUCGGGACUUGACCAUAUUCAAUAUUUGAGACAUGACAUUGUGGUAAUAAUGAUAUGAGGAGUAUGGCACAGUUCUUUGUACAGCCGAGUGGUGGAGUCAGACAAGCUUGGGUAUAGACUUUACAACCACUUUUAAAGAACGAC